GUGACAUGGUCCCUAGCACGAUAGCAGGAAAGAUUUUUGGCUCUAUAUGCUCUCUCAGUGGUGUCCUGGUAAUCGCAUUGCCUGUCCCUGUAAUUGUAUCGAACUUUAGUCGCAUCUACCACCAGAACCAGAGGGCUGACAAGAGACGAGCACAACAGAAAGUUCGGCUUGCACGAAUUCGUCUAGCAAAGAGUGGAACUACAAAUGCCUUUCUGCAUUAUAAACAGAAUGGAUUACUAGAGGGUUCUGACAAUGGAAGCCAGUCCCUAUGUGUAAAGAAUCGUUCAUCUUUUGAACAUCAGCAUCAUCACCUCCUGCACUGCCUGGAAAAGACAACAUGCCAUGAGUUUACUGAUGAGCAAACAUUCAGUGAGAUGUGUAUGGCUGAGUCAAUGGGCUACAGGACAAGUCGCAGUACCUCCAUUUCUUCACACCAGGGGAUCAGCACCUCAUGUUGCCCAAGGAGAGUCAAGAGACGAGCCAUCCGAUUAGCCAACUCCACUGUGUCUGUUAGCCGUGGCAGCAUGCAAGAACUGGACACCUUACAGAUACAGAAAAGUUCCAUUGCACAGAGCCGUUCAAGCUUGAAUGCCAGGACGCAUGAUAACAUGGCUCUGAACUGUGAUGUAACAGACCUUACAGCAGCAAUUAUUAGCAUCCCUACUCCUCCCGCCAACACGCCAGAUGAAAGCCUACCGCCAUCCCCAGCAGUGCCGGGCAGUCUCAGGAACUCCAGCUUCAGCACAACGAGCUACAUACAGGAGACUGUCAAGAUCUCAUCAUUGUAGUUGAGUAAAAAGUGACAAGUUAUCAAGAAAAUCAGCUGAACAGCAGAGAUGGAGAGCAAAGAGGCACUCUGCCUCAGGGACUCAAAUGGGUGUAAAGUAGAAAAUUAUUUAAUUAAAAAAAGCCUGCUUUAAAGAUAAAAUAUUUCACUGUAAACAGAGAGUAUAUAUUGAAAAGUAUUAAUUUGCGGAAAAAAAACAUAUUUAGCAUUUUACUAGCUUAAUCACCUAUGGGAAAGAAAAAAAAACAAACUCUCAGGUGUUAACGUUUUACAGUAUGUGUUGUAUAUGAAAUGUGAGUUAGCCCCACAGCUGGUGAAAGGCACAAUGGCAUGUCCAAAAAAUGUUACUCUCAUUAGGAUAUUCAUCAUGAUGCUGCCUGUAGUGUUUCCUUAUAUCAUUAAUUUUACAUAGACUGUGCCUCACAUUAGAUAAAGGCAAACUUGCAGUGCUGCAGCAAAGUCAGUCCUGAUGUCAGCCUUGUGGGACUAGUGUGCAUCAUGACCGCUGUGAUAUGCCCCAGGGUACAGAUGAAAUGGCUGUGGUGCUAAUGCAAGAUUUUUUCUUUUUUGCCAGCUAAAUGGGGUAGUACCUGCACUUUGCAUUUUAAUAUUGAUAGUUGUCAUGAUGACAGAAUAACAAUAAAGUUACAGCAUUCUUUUCUAAUAGCACCAGGAAGGGAAGCAAUGGGUUAUACUGAAGGUGUCAGUGUUUAUGUUAUGUUUUAUCCUGUACUGUCGGUGGUGACAGAUGAGAAAACAAUGAAGCCCAACAUAUUUCCUUAGUAUAAAAGAAAAAAGUGAAUAGUACCCAACAUUCAGUGUUAAUUAAUCAUAAAAUAUCUUAGUUUUCAUUAUUUUUGUCAUACCUGAAUGUUUCUGAACAAAGUAGGUUGGAUGAUAUUUGCUGGUAUGACUUUUGCUUCAUUUCCUGAGAGGACACAUGCCUUUCCUCUGUGGAAGCUGCAUUUACUUAUUUAAUUGUUUAGAAUUUGACUUGUAUAUUAUUUUAUUGGGAUCUCAUUAGUCUGGAUGAUUAGAGAAAUAACACAGUAUUAUCUCAUAGGAUAACUAGUCUCCAUGCUGUAUCACCAAGGAAAAGAAAACCAAGCCCAUGUUUCUGACUUAGCCAUCAUCAAACCAGUUUUGCAAAGAAGCAGCAGAAUUAUCACCAAGAGUCAACAAGGAAGUGCAUGCCUGGAAUUCCAUGCUAACUUCACACUAUAGCCUGGAAAUCCAUGGUAAAGUCACACUGUAAAGUAGACAAGACAUUGACUCAUCGAGUCACAUUUGCAUGCCGUUGUAGCUAUCUUGGCUCUAGUUUUAACAAACUUUUGUAAAUUAAAUAAAGUAAAAGUAAAGUAAUAUACAGAAACCUAAGUUGUGUCAUACCAAUGUGGUAUGACAGGUGAAUUAAGAGGUGGAAGAGUCGCAACACGUGGUCCAUGGAUCAAAGAUUACUGUGUUAGACUGACUGCACCAAAUCUGUGUAUAAGUACAUAGAAGGAUUUCCUUGUGGACUGCACCUGUUCACCAGUUCUGCUCCAGCACAUUUUAUUAGAUUAUUACUCUCUGAGCAGGUCAGAGACUACUCAAAAAAGAAAACGAAAGAAAGAAAGAAAGAAAGAAAGAAAGAAAGAAAGAAAGAAAGAAAGAGAAAGAGAGAAAAAAGAAUAGACAAAUAAUAUGAGAGAAUGUUAGAGGAUGUAGAGAGUGAAAGAAGACA